AUGGAACAUCAAAUCAAAAUUUUUCUUUUAGUUACACUCUUGGUCUUUAUUCCAUUUCCUAUAUCUUCAGGGUUAGCUGAUGAAGGAUUCAGAGAAAAUAUGCUUCCUACUCAUCACUAUUUUUACAAGGAUGGUAUAAAGACAAACUCAAGGAAGCUAUUGUCGCAUGAUUUUGUGUUGGAUUAUGAUGAAGCAGGGCCCAACCCAAAGCAUUCAAAGAAGCCUGGCAAUGGCAAGGGUCCUUGA